GCAGUCCUAAGAUUCUGUAAGAUGGCGACUUACGUGGAUUUCGACAGGGUGCAAUAUAUGGCUGAUUUAGGAGUUAAAGCCCCUUUGUGUCGACUCCAUUUUUGUAGGCAUUGUAUGAAACUCCGUUCAACUGACUGUGUAUCUCAUGAAAUCGAUUCUCAUUACUGCCCCCAUUGCUUUGAAAACAUGUCACCAGCUGAAGCAAAAUUAAAAAAGAACAAAUGUGCCAGUUGUUUUGAGUGUCCGAGCUGCUUUCAUACUUUAUCUACAAGAGCAACUGGAGCCCCUAACCCGGGUGAUGAUCCUUCAAGACCAGCAGGAAGGAAAGUUUAUUAUAUGGGUUGUGGAUUCUGUAGAUGGACAACAAAAGUUGCCGGAAUCCCCAAUCAAACAGUUGGGAGCGGAGCUUGGUCUGAAAAAGAAAAUACAAACUCUGAGCGGAUUAACACACUUAUGGAAUAUUUUCAACAAUUAGCUGCAAUUGAGAAACAAGAAAAAGAUAAAAAAAAAUUUAUAAGGAGAAAAAGCUUUAUACCUUUUUCUGAGAAAUUCGGCUUGUCUUCAACCAGAAAGAGGGCCAGCAUUAAUCCAGGACUCUCCAGUUUAAGUUUGAAAGAAAAUCCCAAAGUGAUGGAUAUUGAGCCUGCCGAAGCUUCUGAACAAAUAGAGGAACUUUCUGAUGAAUUUAUAAAAAACCCGUUAAAAUUAAAUGAAAUGACGACUUUAAAACAAAGGCUUGCUACACCGCAUUUUCAACCCAAUUUCUUUAGUGAAUUGUAUCCUAGGCACAAGAAUCUUCUUACUCAAAGAUCGCUACGCUGCAAAGAAUGUGAACAUAAUGUUAUUAAGCCAGAAUUUAAUCCUUGCUCCAUUAAAUAUCGAAUUCAACUUGUUGCUAUUUAUCACGUGCCGGAAAUUAGACUUUUUUCUCAACCGAACUUAGAAAUUGGAAAAGAAACCCAAGUUAUCCUUACUUUACUCAAUCCAUUUGAUUAUGCUGUAACUGUUACUGUUCAUGAGCUAAAGGAAGCUGUUUUCAAUGCCGAACUGUCUCUACCCGAGUGCGACUUGUCUCUGCCAGCUAGGGAUGAAACUGCAGAGUUUGACGACUGUGCAGCUAAUCAAGACUUUCAAGAUGACCCGAGUGUGGUGACGUUUAGAAAAUCAAACAAGUUAGGAUUUUUUAUCAAGGUCACUCCAAAACCUUCUGCCGCUGGAGCAAAAGUUGUGAUCCCUUUUCAAAUUCGCUACAAUUAUCGAAACAUGACGGCGUCGAGUGCUUUAACUGAUCCAACGGCAUAUGAGACUGUUUCUCUGCAACAAAGCGUGUUUGUUGAUUUGGGUGAUUUGAAUAGUACUGCAGCUUAG